GAUACAGACAAUCCUAUAUAUAACCCGGAUAGAACGCUCUGUGCUCUACACACGGGCUGCCCGGACCGAGGCGAACACCGAGCGUGUCCUCCAUUCAGUGCGGAGUACCGGCAGCUACAUCCUGCCAUCCCUGGCCGCCUAGCACACCUGUAGCUCCUUAGCGCCUCCUGUCGGCAGGGACCGGGAGCUGCCGCCCGCACUGGUACCAUCUCUCUCCUGCCAGCAGCUGAUCCAGCCCGAAGAUGGGCUGCUUACCCUGGGAUUAAUCUGCCUUCAUUCAGCUGGGCUAACGAAAGGAGAAUAGGGACUGCGAUCCAGGAGUCCGGCUCCGGUUGCUAAGGGAUUCCGCUGGUAAUACAGACCGGUCUCUGCGCUCUCUCUCCCUCCCUGUGUGUGGCCUUGGAUGUACUGUCUGACCACCUCCUCCCCCCUCCCCUCUCAGCACACACAGCCAUUGUUAUUGUUUGGGUCACACAGUAUGCUGCUGCCUGGACUGCCUGCCGGUCUGUGAGAGCUGCUCCCCAAUGUGUACCUGCUAGGAGAGCACUGAGGACAAAGGACAUUGUCCACCCAGUGUCUGGCCAUGUGGGCUCAUCCUGAAGAAGUGCUGCUGGCUAAUGCCUUGUGGAUCACAGAGAGGGCCAAUCCUUACUUCAUCCUGCAAAGGAGAAAAGGCCAUGGGAACAGAGAAAGAGGGGGGCUGGCAGGUCUACUUGUCGGAACACUAGAUGUUGUCCUGGAUUCCAGUGCCAGGGUUGCCCCAUACCGCAUUCUUUAUCAAUCCCAAGAUUCCUUGACAUGCUGGGCCAUUGCUUGUGGAAGCACACGAAGGGAGGUGACGGAGCACUGGGAAUGGUUGGAAGUGAAUGUUCUGCAGACGCUCUCCAUAUUUGAGAAUGAAAAUGACAUUACUACAUUUGUUAAAGGAAAAAUACAGGGUAUAAUUGCAGAGUAUAAUAAAAUAAAUUGUGUUCGAGAAGAUGAUGACACUGACAAGUUUAAAGAGACCACUAUAAAAUUCCGCAAGCUGUUUGGGAUGCCAGAAGCAGAGAAGCUGGUAAAUUAUUACUCCUGUAACUAUUGGAAGGGCAAAGUACCGCGGCAUGGAUGGCUGUAUCUAAGCAUAAACCAUCUCAGUUUUCACUCUUAUCUGCUUGGAAAAGAAGUCAAAUUGGUGAUUCGGUGGAUGGAUGUUGCUCAGCUUGAAAAAACAGCCACACUUCUUUUUCCUGAUGUGAUUAAAGUCAGCACAAGAGCCAAUCAAUAUUUCUUCUCAUUGUUCCUCAACAUUGGCGAAACAUUAAAACUAAUGGAACAACUUGCCACCAUAGCCAUAAGGCAGCUCCUAGAUUAUGAAGGUUUUGAGCAGGAUACGUCUCUUCCAAAACUUAAGAAAAAGUCUCCAAAAAGAGUGCCAGCUCUAAAACGGGAUUUGGAUGCAAGAGCCAAAAGUGAACGAUAUCGCACAAUGUUCCGUCUUCCCAGAGAUGAGAAGUUAGAUGGCCAUACGGACUGCACACUUUGGGCCCCGUAUAGUAAACAACAUAUCUUUGGACAAAUGUUUGUUUCCACAAAUUACAUCUGCUUUACUAGCAAAGAAGAGAACCUGUGCAGCCUUAUCAUUCCACUGCGAGAGGUAACUAUUGUGGAAAAGGCAGAUAGCUCCAGUGUAUUACCAAGCCCGCUUUCCAUCAGUACCAAAAACAGAAUGACAUUUCUAUUUGCCAAUUUAAGGGAUCGAGACUUUCUUGUGCAGAGGAUCUCCGACUUCCUGCAGCAAACAACUCUCAAAAUAUACUGUGAUAGAGACAUUUCUGGAAGUGAGACCAGCCUAGAUGAGGUUGGCUUUGGAGCCAGUAACUGUCUGUGGGACCACCCUCCACAAAGAACCCGCAGUGAAGCAGAUGGUGAAAGAACAUUCAACCUCAAUGGCAAUACUGCGCCGACUACCAAACAGACUUUGAUGACCAUGUAUCGCAGGAAAUCCCCAGAAGAAUUUAAUCCAAAAUUGGCCAUGGAGUUUUUGAAGGAGCAAGCAUGGAGGGCUCAUUUUUCAGAAUAUGGGCAAGGCAUAUGUAUGUAUCGCACUGACAAAACAAGGGAGCUGGUGUUGAAAGGCAUCCCAGAGCGCAUGAGGGAAGAAUUGUGGAUGGUUUUUUCUGGAGCUGUUAAUGAAAUUGCAACACACCCUGGAUAUUAUGAAGAACUGGUUGAACAGUCAAUGGGGAAAUGUACUAUUGCAACAGAAGAGAUUGAGAGGGAUUUGCAUCGUUCUCUCCCUGAACAUCCUGCAUUUCAGAAUGAAAUUGGAAUUUGUGCCUUGAGAAGGGUACUCACUGCAUAUGCCUUCAGAAACCCCAACAUUGGCUACUGCCAGGCCAUGAAUAUUGUCACAUCAGUACUGCUGCUCUAUGCCAAGGAAGAGGAGGCCUUUUGGUUGCUUGUUGCUCUGUGUGAACGCAUGCUUCCUGACUACUAUAAUACAAGAGUUGUUGGAGCACUAGUGGAUCAGGGGGUGUUUGAACAGCUGGCACGAGAACAUAUUCCCCAGCUUUAUGAACGCAUGCAGGACCUGGGCGUGAUAUCCUCCAUCUCUCUCGCAUGGUUCCUCACACUGUUUCUCAGUGUAAUACCCUUUUCAAGUGCAGUUGUGGUGGUUGAUUGUUUCUUCUUUGAAGGCAUCAAGGUGAUAUUUCAACUUGCACUUGCCGUACUGGAUGCUAAUGUGGAUAAGCUUUUGACCUGUAAAGAUGAAGGCGAAGCCAUGACCAUUUUGGGAAGGUAUUUAGAUGGUGUGAUUAAUAGAGACAGCACUCUACCUCAAAUCCCUCAUCUCCAUUCCAUAAUCAACGAUCACUCAGGAAUAAUACAAGAAGUGGACAUAUUUAAACUGAUCACCACCUCUUACCAGAAGUUUGGCUCUAUAAAGGCUGACACCAUUGAACAAAUGAGAUUCAAGCAAAGACUAAAAGUCAUCCAGAUUCUUGAAGAUACUACGAAGCGUAGUGUGGUCCGAAAUAUUGGUCCUGAAACGACAUUCACAUUGUAUGAGUUAGACGAAUUGUUUGCUCUCUUUAAGGCAGAGCACUUAAACAGCUGCUACUGGGGAGGAACAAGCAAUGCCAUCGACCGUCAUGAUCCAGGCCUUCCUUACCAUGACCAGUACCGCAUAGAUUUCCAACAGUUCAAAGAAUUGUUUAUCGUUCUGUUUCCUUGGGCAUCUGGAACACACACUGAUUUCAUGGCGAUUCGUUUGUUCAGAGUACUGGAUGAAAAUGGAGAUUACUUUAUAAACUUUCGAGAGUUUGUCUCUGGGCUCAGUAUUGCAUGUCAUGGUGACCUCACUGAAAAGCUUAGGCUACUGUACAGGAUGCACCUUUUACCAGAUGUGCCCCUAGAUUAUGGAGAGCCAGACUCUGCGUAUGAGGCAACACAUUACUUUUUUGAAGAUUUCACACCUGAGUGCAGCCAAGCACUCCGAUCAAGACCAGUUGCACUCGAUGGCGGUAUACCACUCCAUCUAAGAAUAGACAAAGGUAAAAAGCCUCUAAGGCAGGACGUUCAGCAUUACUCUCGUCUAUCUGCAGAAGAGAGAAGAGCUAAACAGAAACUUGCACACCAAUUACCCAAAUUAAGCCAGAGUCACUUUAUUGAGUUAUGCAAAACCUUGUACAACAUGUUCAGUGAAGACCCAAAUGAACAAGAACUGUACCAUGCCACCGCAGCAGUCACCAGCUUGCUGUUAGAGAUUGGCGAAGUGGGUAGAUGCUCCUCAAACCAAAAUACUGAAGAACCUCCCUGUCAAACUAGCAGGGAGAUUUUGGAAAGAACUUGUACAGAGAAACCUUCUAAAGCAUAUGGAAGGUUUUCCGACAGGCCAGUUAAUUCCAAUUAUGCAGACUAUUUAAACUCUGAUCAGAUGGAGGAGGUAAAGCUGGAAGAUUCUUCACCAAAAGACAAUGGGGCAUGUUCAUCCAUGCUUAUAUCUGAUGAUGACACUAAAGACGAUAGCUCAAUGUCCUCAUACUCUGUCUUAAGUGCUGGAUCACAUGAAGAGGACAAACUGCACUGUGAAGAUAUUGGAGAUGACACCAUAUUAGUGCGGAGCCAGAACAAAGCCUCUUUGCCUUGUAAUACCAGCCUAGACCGAGAUUGGGCCAUUUCAUUUGAGCAGUUCCUGGCCUCUUUCUUAACUGAACCAGCUUUGGCUAGAUACUUUGAUAAGCCAGUGUCCAUAAUGGCUAGAAUUGUAGAUACUAAGAAUUACCGUAUGGUGGGUAAAGCCCUAUCAUCAUUGAGUGACUAUGACAUGUCAGCCUUGUCUGGAUAAGUGGGGAAAAACCUCACAAUGCAACUUUAAACACUCUCUGAAACGUGAGAAAAACAUUUAAAAAAAAUUAUUUCUUUAGUGGAGACAGCAUAUGGUCAUUGGUAAAAUGGAAAUGCCUUAGAUUAUUGGAACAAAAAAAGCAUCCAUUUAAAA